UUGUCUCGUUUUCCCCUCCCCGCCUUCCCAGUCAGUUUCCCUCUAUCUCUUACUCGAUCUUCUCAUCUGCCUCCCCUUCAUUCCUCUUAAAUCGGCAAGUUACCAGUUCUGAAGCUUUCGCGGAGUGGAACUUGUUUACCGUAAGUCGAUCUUUGACUUUGUGCUAUCCGUCCGCCUUCCUCUGGUUCCCACUCUCCCAGGGCGUUUGCCUCCCGAUGAUCACUCUUUCAACUAGAACCCAAAUUCCACCUCGAGGCUGACUAGGAGCUCUUCCUCUUCCUCUGCUGUCCACAGAUCCUGAUCUUAGUCCGAUCCGCCGAGCGCUGAGUCCUCCUUCGCCAUGACGAACUUGAAGGAGCUGCGCAUUCAACCGCGCAUGUACAAGAAGCCGCCAUUCUCGGUGGAAGUCCCGGGGGUUGAACCCGUCGAGGGAGAGACCAUCCCUCGUCGUCUGCCGGUCGCGAAAGACGGCCUUCUCGAAUACCCGGCUGAAGAUGCCAGCACCACCUAUGAGAUCUUCCGUCGCUCUGCAAAAUUGUACGGAAAUUCGAAGGCUGUCGGUUCACGUCGCCUGGUCAAGACCCAUGUGGAAAAGAAGAAGGUGAAGAAAAUCGUGGACGGUGUUGAGAAGGAGGUCGACAAGGAGUGGACCUACUUCGAAAUGAGCGGUUAUAGCUUCCUUAGCUUCAUCGAGUACGAGAAGCUGGCGCUUGAGCUCGGUUGCGGUUUGCGCAAGCUCGGCAUUGAGAAGCCGGAGAAGAUCCACCUUUAUGGCGCAACAAGUGCACAUUGGCUGGCCAUGUCACACGGUGCUGCAUCCCAGUCGCUGACGGUUGUUACUGCAUAUGACACUCUGGGUGAGGAAGGGCUGAAGCACUCGUUGGUCCAAACAUCCAGUCUCGCCAUCUUUUGCGACCCUGGCCUCAUUCUCUCUGUGGCCCACGUGCUGAAGGAUGUGAAGUCCAUCAAGCAUGUCAUCUACAACACCGACCAGGAAGUCAAGAAGGAUGACUUGGACAAGCUGAAGUCCGAGUUCGAUUAUCUGAACGUUAUUAGCAUUGAGGAACUUCGCAAGCUGGGCGAGGAGAACCCUGUGGAUCCGGUACCUCCUAGUCGCGAGGACCUGUGCUGUAUCAUGUACACUUCUGGUUCGACCGGCCCUCCGAAGGGUGUCUCCUUGACUCAGGCUAACGUCGUCUCCGCAUGUGCGGGUAUUGAUGCGAUCGUCGGACCCUACAUCGGACCCUCCGAUUCGCUUUUGACAUAUCUUCCCCAGGCUCACAUUCUCGAGUUCAUGUUCGAGAACCUUUGCCUCUUCUGGGGUGGUACCAUGGGCUACGGAAAUCCUCGCACUCUCUCGGAUACCUCUAUGCGUAACUGCAAGGGAGAUAUCCGGGAGCUGAAACCUACAAUUCUGGUCGGUGUGCCGGCGGUUUGGGAGUCGGUCAAGAAGGGUGUUUUAAACAACUUGAACAAGAAUAACUUUUUGGUCAGGGGUCUGUUCUGGGGAGCUAUGUCUGCCAAGAACUUCCUUAUGACUGCUGGUUUCCCCGGGGUAGACGCGGGUGCUGGAAUCCUCGAUGCUGUCGUUUUCCGCAAGCUCAAAGAGGCAACCGGUGGCCGACUGCGCAUCAUGAUGAAUGGCGGUGGACCAGUCUCGAAGGAUACGCAGAAGUUCUUGUCCAUGGCUAUUGCUCCCAUGAUCAGCGGCUAUGGAUUGACGGAAACAUCGGCAAUGGGUGCUUUGAACGAUCCUUUGGCCUGGAACCCGGAUGCUCUGGGCGAGAUCCCGGGCUCGAUCGAAAUGAAACUCGUGGAUUUCCCAGACGCCGGAUACUUUGCCAAGAACAACCCUCCCCAGGGUGAAAUCUACAUUCGUGGGCCCAGUGUCAGCAGCUGCUACUGGGAGAACGAGCAAGAGACGAAAGAAGCAUUCACCGAAGAUAGGUGGUUCAAGACUGGCGACAUUGGCGAGUUCGACAAGUACGGACACAUCAAGAUUAUUGACCGCAAGAAGAACUUGGUCAAAACCCUUAACGGAGAGUAUAUUGCCCUGGAGAAACUCGAGUCCGUCUAUCGUUCGUCCCCUGUGGUCGGCAACAUCUGUGUCUACGCCGCGCAGGACCAAGACAAGCCGAUCGCCAUCAUCGUUCCUCUCGAGCCAGCCCUAAAGAAGAUUGCCAAGGAAAACGGCAUCGAGGGCGAGAACUUGGAGACUUUGGCACACAACGAGAAGUUGAAGUCUAUUGUCCUCAAGCAGCUCCAGGCUGCUGGCAGAGCAGGCGGUCUCAAAGGCAUCGAAAUCAUCAACGGCGUCGUACUGUCCGAUGAGGAGUGGACUCCUCAGAACGGCUACAUGACUGCUGCUCAGAAACUGCAGCGUAAGAAGAUCCUCAACCGCUUCCAGGCCGAUAUCGACCGUGCAUACGGCAAGAAAUAGAGAGACUAUAUGAGCUAUCUCUUCUGUAUCCCUUUCUUAUGUGUUUUCACCCAUUUCCUUGUGUACUUCUUUAAUCGGAUAUCCGCGUUUGAUGUCGUGAUGUCGCACCAUCACUCGUCCAUUGCAUGUUGUCUAUCUGGCUGCUUAAUUGAAUGAUUUUUUAUCUGUCAUCUUGGAUGUGAUAUGUGUAUACACCACAUUAUUUUGCUGCUCUCAGGCCUUCGGCGCGUCACAUGCUCUUUUCAGCAAACCUCUUGAGGUUUUGUCUUUAGUUUUCGGCUGUUUUGAGGGGAUCGGAGAAGUAGGCGAGGUUACUGAAUAGAAUAAACAGCCCGGCCAUCUCUCCUGUGGCUGCUCUCUAUGGACUGACCCAACGACUCGAUAUUAACGUUGAGAUCUGAUCACGAC